AUGAAUAUACAGUGUUCUUUCGAUAUAGAUACAACAGAUCUGUGUAAGUUUUUUCAAGUUGGUUGCUGUAAUCAUGAAGCUGACAAAUGCGAUUGGAAACAUAUCGCAUGUACCAAUUAUUCAACCUGUUCAGCAUCUGAUUGUGCGUAUGGCCAUUCUCGUGAAUUGCGACGAACAAUGAUCGAGCCCAAAGAUUCAUAUCGAAUAAAAAUCACCGGUUUUCAAACUGACAUAACACCGGAAGUAUUAUCCAGCCUGUCAAAACAUCCAGAUAAUAAGUACUAUGUCUCCUCACACGACAAAAAAACUGGCUACGCAAUCAAAUUGAAAAGCAUCAAUUCAACACAGAGACUCUUCGAAGAAUGGCAUGAACGUACGCUUGAUGGGCAUAAUACAUUACAAUGUCAACUUGAGACGAAUACAGUUCCACCUGUUCGUACAUAUAGUUGCAACUUAUCUUGUUCAAGCGAUAGUACGGAUUCGAGUAUCGCGUCAUAUCAAGAGCCAAAGCCGAGUAGUCAAUCACUUUUCCCCACUAAUGGUUGGAACUCUUCUUCGAAAUUGACAUUACCUAGUGCUGAUUUGAGUAAUCAGUGGGAGAUAACAAAAAAAGUAGAUGAGAACGGUCGAGUCUUGUUAAUACGCGGCAAGCUAAAACGAAAUCAGUGUGCUGUUUUCAAGAAAUGCGAAAAUAUUAAUGAACUACAAGCAUUAACAAUUCUGAAAGGUAUUGAUAAUGUAUCUCAACUGAUUGAUUAUUCCGAAAAGGAUGAUAACCGUUGGAUGAUUAUAGAACGUGCACCGGGAUUAUCACUUGAAGAAUUCAUUCGACGAAAAGAUCAUCAUGUUCUAGAUAUACUUCAAGCAGUUCAAUUAACCCAAAAGGUACUGACGAUCAUCAAAUGCAUUCAUUCCCAAGGUGUACGUCAUAGAAACUUGCAACCGAAACACAUUAUGAUCCAACACGAUUCUGGGCCAAUGUGGAUCGAACGCGCAAAACUAACUAUAAUAAGUUUUUCAAAUGCUCAUAUUAAAUCGGAAACAAAUAUUUGUUCUGAUUCUCUGUCAAAACAAAGUUGGUGUCAACCAUGGCAAUCGGAUACGAAAGUUUCACAAUGGCUUAGCUCGAUCGAUACAACGAGCAUCUGUGCUUUACUCUUCUGGUUAAUAACACAUACGGUGCCAACGCACGAUGAUGAGGGUAAAAUUCUUCCAAAUGAGCGGAAUGAUGCUCGUGAGCGUUUAGAAACUGAAAUCGUAACGCAAUACUCAAAGAAAAAGAAGUCGGAUGAUGUCAAAUGUUUGACGAGAUAUCUAAAUGACACAUUUAGCUACGCUUUCGGCUAUCCUGAUUAUCCACCAUGGACGAUCGAUGAUUUAGAAGUUCGAUUAGAAUCCAUAUGUGAACUUAUCUGCCCUUCUGAUAAAAACUUACAUUCCAUCGAAGAGAUUUCUCAAUGUACACUUUCGAUUGCACAGGUACCAAAACAGUUACCUCCUCGACAAUCGAUUGCUCAGCAAAAUAUCUUUGUCAAGGCGUCGUACGCAUUCUCUGAAGCGAAACAAAUCUUUUUCAAACUCCACAAUCAAAGAUACUCUUGGUCGUAUGGUGAUUGCAUUUGGUUAAGUAAUUCAUACAGUCUACUUGAUGAACAUCAGAAUUACGAUAUCCUUAUGUAUCAUGAAUUGCAACGAAACAUGGUUCGUUAUUGUCCUACUAUUAUUGUGUGCUUGGCAAGUUUUCUUGAGAAGGAACGGAUGAUCACAUUCUCAAUCGGUAGUCCAGUGAAUGGUAAAAUGCUUCGCUUUCCCAUUGGUCAAUAUAGUACAGACCAAGACUGUGAAGAAGAAUUCCGAGAAAACUUCCAGAUUGAAUUAAAACAUCUUUUGCUUGCACUCUACAAGCAAUCCAAGCUCGAAUGA